AAGUUAGGGUUCCAACUAAUAUAUCAAAACAUGAGCAGGGCUAGAAAAUUCUGCGACUUGGGUUUGUUUGCAAUAGUUAUAGUAGUUGUGUGGCUGCAGGGUUUGAGUGGCAGAGUUUGGUCGCAGCCGCAGUCGACAGCCCCAGUGCCUGGUUUCUUCAUUUUUGGUGACUCGUUGGUUGACAAUGGGAACAACAAUGGGAUAAUAACACUUUCUAGGGCAAAUUAUAGACCUUAUGGCAUCGACUUCCCUCUUGGUGUAACUGGCCGCUUCACCAAUGGUAGAACCUAUGUUGAUGUCCUAGCUCAGCUUCUUGGAUUUCGAACUUAUAUUCCGCCCUAUUCAAGAACACGCGGAGAUGCACUGCUGAGGGGAGCCAAUUUUGCAUCCGGUGCAGCUGGUAUCCGAGAGGAAACGGGAGACAAUCUAGGUGCUCACAUGUCCAUGAACCAACAAGUUGCAAACUUUGGGAAUGCAGUGCUAGAAAUGAGAAGAUUCUUUAGAGGAGAUGCCAAUGCACUCAACACCUAUCUUAGCAGAUGCAUCUUCUAUUCUGGGAUGGGAAGUAAUGACUAUCUUAACAACUAUUUUAUGCCCAGCUUCUAUACAUCUAGCUCCGAUUACACCACGCAAGCGUAUGCUGCUGUACUCCUUCAGGACUACUCGCGUCAACUCACGCAAUUAUAUUCACUGGGAGCUCGGAAGGUGAUUGUAACUGCUGUUGGCCAAAUCGGUUGCAUACCAUAUCAACUAGCAAGGUUCAAUAGCAGCAGCCGCUGCAACGAAAACAUCAACAAGGCUAUCCUUAUUUUCAACUCAGGCCUCAAAAAACUGGUUGACAACUUCAAUGGUGGUCAAUUGCCUGGGGCCAAAUUUGUCUACCUCGAUGCUUAUCAAAGCACCUUUGAUCUGUUUCAAAAUCCCACUACUAACGGGUUUGAAGUGAUAGACAAGGGUUGUUGUGGAGUAGGAAGGAACAAUGGGCAGAUAACUUGUCUACCUCUUCAGCAAACUUGUACGGAUCGCACAAAGUACUUGUUUUGGGAUGCCUUCCAUCCAACAGAGGUAGCAAACAUUUUGCUGGGCAAGGCAUCAUUCAGUGGUUCCAAUCAACAAUCAUAUGCUUACCCAAUCAAUAUUCAACAACUGGCAAUGCUUUGAAAGCCAAGCCAAUAUAAGGCUUUUGGAACUUCAUCCAUGCAACAACCUCAUCACUGAUUAAUUUCAUGAAUUAUCAAUUUCUUUGAUGCUUUCCAGCUGAUUGCUAAUUUAAUAAUGUGAAAGUGUUGUCAAUUCAUGCGGUUAUAUCACCAUUAGUGGAAAUAUAUAAUUGAAUUAUCUUCUGAAGCUAGGAAGUAUUCC